GUCAGUCAGAGAAUAGGUAGUGCCAUCUAUGCAGGUCAAUGACGUCACACAGCAAAUUGAGGUGUUGAUUUCCUGUGUUCAGAAGUGGGAGUGUUUGUCUGGAAUUUUGUGCAAUAUUUUUUUGAAAGCCUGAGAAUUCAAGAUGUUAAACAUGGAAACGGAUAAAAUAAUUGAAGAUUCUAACACCAACUCGCAGUACCCAAUGACGAUUCUAUAUGAUCCUGCUAGAAAGAAAGAGCCCUCGCCACAGUAUGUUACUGAACGUGAAACAUGUCUCAAGUACUUCGAAAAGUGGAGUGAACAAGAUCAAGUGGAGUUUGUGGAACACUUAUUAUCGAGAAUGUGUCAUUACCAACAUGGUCAUAUAAACUCUUAUUUGAAACCAAUGUUGCAGAGAGAUUUUAUCUCGCUCUUACCAAAGAAAGGGCUUGAUCAUGUCGCAGAAAGCAUUCUUUCGUACUUAGAUGCAGAUUCUUUGUGUGCUGCGGAAUUAGUGUGCAAGGAAUGGUAUCGUGUGAUAUCAGAAGGAAUGUUAUGGAAAAAACUAAUUGAAAGAAAAGUUAGAACUGACUCUCUGUGGCGUGGCUUAGCAGAGAGACGAGGAUGGAUACAAUAUUUAUUUAAGCCAAAACCAGGAGAGAGUCAUCCAAAUCACUCAUUUUAUAGGACGUUAUUUCCCAAAAUAAUUCAAGAUAUCGAUAGUAUAGAAAAUAACUGGCGAAUGGGAAGACAUGUUCUUCAGAGAAUUAAUUGUAGAUCUGAAAACUCCAAAGGUGUCUACUGUCUUCAAUAUGACGAUCAGAAGAUAGUGUCAGGUCUUAGAGAUAAUACUAUCAAAAUUUGGGAUCGUAAUACUCUUCAAUGCACGAAGGUCUUAACGGGGCACACUGGUUCAGUUUUGUGCUUACAAUAUGAUGACAAAGUGAUCAUUAGUGGAUCAAGCGAUUCAACAGUCAGGGUCUGGGAUGUGGUAUCAGGUGAAAUGGUAAACACCUUGAUUCACCAUUGCGAAGCCGUCCUCCACUUGCGUUUCAACAAUGGAAUGAUGGUUACGUGUUCAAAGGAUCGUUCUAUAGCUGUAUGGGAUAUGACGUCACAAACGGAAAUCACACUUCGGCGAGUGCUAGUAGGUCAUCGUGCAGCUGUAAAUGUAGUGGACUUUGAUGAAAAAUAUAUUGUGUCAGCAUCUGGUGAUAGGACAAUUAAGGUGUGGAAUACAUCAACUUGCGAGUUUGUGCGCACACUUAAUGGACAUAAGAGAGGAAUUGCGUGUUUACAGUACAGGGAUCGUUUAGUAGUCAGCGGAAGUUCAGACAACACAAUCAGAUUAUGGGAUAUUGAAUGUGGAGCAUGCUUGAGGGUACUAGAAGGUCAUGAAGAACUUGUACGUUGUAUCCGUUUCGACAGUAAAAGAAUUGUCAGUGGAGCUUAUGAUGGGAAGAUAAAAGUAUGGGAUUUAUUAGCUGCAUUGGACCCUAGAGCUCCAGCUAGUACAUUAUGUUUACGAACUUUAGUGGAACACACAGGAAGAGUAUUUAGACUGCAGUUUGACGAGUUCCAAAUAGUUAGUAGUUCUCAUGAUGACACAAUCCUGAUCUGGGACUUCUUGAACUGCAAUCCUCCAGAAGGAACUCCACCACAGCAGCAGGCCAUGACAGCUCUCAGCAACCGCUCUCCAACACGCACGUACACUUACAUCUCAAAUUGUUAUAUAGCUCUUCAUAUUGAUCUUAAUUCAAAAGAAGUUCGGCAGUUGGAGUUACUAUGUAAACAAUUAUAUGAGUCUUCUGAUUCAGCUCAACGAGCUGAAGCAGAAAAGGCUUUAGUGAGCUUUCAGAAUUCUCCAGAUACUCUCUCAAAAUGUCAAUUGCUACUUGAUAGAGGCGAUUCAUGUUAUGCCCAACUUCUGGCUGCCACUACUUUGACCAAGCUUGUUUCUCGCAGUGCUCAAGGUUUAAGUCUGCAACAGAGAGUUGACAUACGCAACUAUGUCCUGAAUUACUUAGCAACACGACCUAAACUUCCCAACUUUGUGAUUCAAGCCUUGGUUGCAUUAUUUGCCCGAAUCAGUAAGCUUGGCUGGUUUGAUAAUGAUAAAGAUGAAUUUGUCUUCAGAAAUGUUGUUACUGAUAUCACAAAGUUUUUGCAGGGCUCUGUGGAACAUUGCAUGAUAGGCGUCCAGUUGCUGUCUCAGCUUACAUGUGAAAUGAAUCAAAUAUCAGAGGCAGAUGCAAAUCGAUCUUUAACAAAGCACCGUAAGAUAGCAUCUUCAUUUCGAGAUACACAGCUUUUUGAAAUAUUUAGGUUAUCAUGUACUCUUCUUGGUACUGCCAGGGAAAAUUGCAAGAGUUUGAACUUCAAUGAUGAAGGACAGCAUGGUUUGAUGACUCAACUUCUCCGACUUGCCCAUAAUUGCCUAACAUUUGACUUCAUUGGAACAUCAACAGAUGAGUCGUCUGAUGAUUUAUGCACUGUACAGAUCCCCACAAGUUGGAGACCAGCCUUCCUGGAUUUUACCACACUCAAACUUUUCUUUGAUUUAUAUCAUUCACUACCGAACACUUUGUCUCCAUUGGCACUUUCUUGUCUAGUUCAAAUUGCUUCGGUUCGCCGUUCUCUCUUUAGCAAUACAGAGCGGGCAAAAUUUCUUACUCACUUGGUGAAUGGUGUGAAGCAUAUUUUGCAGAAUCCACAAGGACUAAGUGACCCCAGCAAUUACCAUGAAUUUUGUCGCUUGUUGGCUCGCUUAAAAUCAAAUUAUCAGUUGGGAGAGCUAGUGAUGGUUGAGAAUUACCCAGAAGCUAUUCAACUGAUUGCGAAGUUCACUGUGCAAAGUUUACAGAUGUGGCAAUUUGCACCUAAUAGUGUACAUUACUUACUCAGUUUAUGGCAAAGAAUGGUUGCAUCUGUACCUUAUGUAAAGGCCACAGAGCCUCAUCUUUUAGAAACAUAUACACCAGAAGUAUCAAAUGCAUAUAUUACUUCUCGUCUAGAAUCGGUUGCAGUUGUUGUCAGGGAAGGCCUAGAAGAUCCUCUAGAUGAUUUGGGAAUGGUGCAACAACAAUUGGAGCAGCUGUCUGUCAUAGGUCGUUGCGAAUACCAGAAAACGUGCACCCUUCUUGUGCAGUUGUUUGAUCAGGCAGCACGUGCAUACCAAGAGCUCAUGGCUAGUCCUAACGCACAGCAAAUAGAUGUUACUAUUCAGGAAGGGCGUCUUACUUGGCUUGUGUAUAUAAUAGGGUCUGCAAUAGGCGGAAGAGUUUCAUUUAACAGCAAUGAUGAACAUGAUGCUAUGGAUGGAGAACUGGUUUGCAGGUAUGUACAUUCAUAUUUGAUUUUAACAGAAUUUCAUUUAUAAAUAUUAUAAUAAUGAUAAUGGCUUUGGACAGUUUUCAAUACU